ACUCCAUCGAUAUCCACUCCACAUCAUUUGAGAGAAAAUCAUCUCUUGUACAGAAAAAAAGUAUGAAUUCUAAACAAAGUUUUUACUGUUAUGAGAGGAAGCAAGGAUCAUUGAGUAAAGGAUUAAUUACAUUUUAUUCUUUCGAACUUUCACUCAAUUUAUAAUGCGCUUUCGAAAUUAUUAAUUGCAUCAAAAUAGACCUUCAAACUUUCAAAACUUCUCAAUCUUCCAUUCUAUCUACAAGAACAUUAAAGCUAAUAGAAAUUUAUUGUAAAGAUGUAAUUUUUAUUUAAUUUAUUUAAUAUAAUUUUAUAUUAUUAGACCUAUCUGUCAUGGGCCAGAACCUAGAGAUUGCAAUGGGGAAUCAGACCCCUUUUCUUCUUUGUAGGUUAAGCGGGAUUUGUGGGGUGGGGAGUGCUUUGGGGGCUGAAAAUGAAGGAACGUGUUAGCAAAAAGGAAAGGUUUAAUGGCAAUGGGUGUUUGCAUGUGACUCCCGCGCCCUGCUAACGACCUUCCCAAUCCCGACCUCUCUGUCGUCAUGUGAUCGUCGCUAUUGCAGCUUUGAGAAUGGUCCCCCUCUAUCCUUGCCGGAUUGGAAAACGACUUUGGGAGCCACUGCUGAGUGCUCAAAAGACAAUGCCUUUUCUGAUCCCGACGUUUCUUGUAAAAAACCCCACAUCGCUCUGUGUGCUUGUUUUACAUCACCCUUCGUUUUGUAUAUGGAAUAGAGAUGCAUGGUGGGCUAUGUUUGUUUCAUCUUUGUUUUUUGUGUUCGCUUGGGGUUAAAAAAAAAAAAAUGCUGGUCUCAGAACAUAGAACACCUGAUCAGCUGAAAAUAUAGAUUCUAAGAUGGAAAAUCGAGACGUGAGCUAUUUUCCGAACCAAAUCAAUAUGAAAAUGACCAGAAUAUUGUGUCCUAGAUCUAUAUUUUCAUCCAAGAAAUACCAUUAUCCAGAGUUAUUAGUAUCAUCAUUAUUUUCUUCAGGAAGAAGCAGAAUAGUGAGGUUGAUCAGGAGAUAGGCCAAAUGUCAAGGCAAAAUGGUCAAAAGGGUGAAGCACUUCCUUCUCUAUUAUUGGUUCGUAGGGAGGCUGUGAUCAUUACGAUCCUCUAUUGGCCCCUAUAACGAAUUUAAUAAUUCUGAAACAUUGUCUUCGUCAAUGUUCAUAAACAUCAAGCCAAUUAUUAGGUAGUUGGGGCCCGGGGGUCAUAAACAUUCAUACUUUGUAAAGUCCACGUUUUUAUAUGCUUUUAGUCAAGAUUCUCUUAGAAGUCUAAAACCCAUUUCAGAUUGAAGAAGUCUCGAUUGGUACAAACAAAACCAGGAAGGAAUUGCUGCAUUUUCUAACUAAGCUUGGUCAAGGCAAACCUCCCAGAAAGACUAGUGAUACUCUGAGGAGGGUGGUAAUAUUGUGAUUUUGGAAGCAGGUGGGUCUUCCCAUGUGAAGCAGGCAAAAUCAGUGUCCUAUUUGAAGGAGUAGUGUUUUUGCGUCAUCGGGGCAACCGGUCCUACUUGUUGGAUUGUAUCUGAUUUUACUAGGUGCUUUCUGUGAAGCCUUGUGCUUUCAAUGCAAUCUCACAAAGUUCCCCAAGGCAACUGGCAAAAGCUCUCUCUGUUUGUUGAAACCAUUCGGGGUCUAAGUCAGUGAAUUCAGAUAUUGUGCUUUUGUUACGCUUUCCACAAGAUCAAGUAAAUGUUUGAAGUUAUUGGAAGUGAGGGGUUUCAAUGGAGUGAUGGUUGUUGACAAUGCGCUUGUUCUGGAGGCAGCAGCUGCCACUACUUAUACUAAUUCAACUCUUGGAACCCGGCAGAACAAGCCAGCAAAUAUAUGCUGAAGCUUUACUCACUUUCAAGAGUGAGGUUGGAAGUCCUCAACUAUCCCCCGGAAGAAUUUGGACAUACCCAUGCCUUAGACAACAACCACAAGUUCACUGUUAUAAACUUAGACAACCAGGAGUUGUUUCUCUGCUCUACAAAUCAAGACUCGAGAGGGUUGAGGCUUCAGUUAAUGGAGAUAGUGGAGUUCCAACAAUCACACCUUUGCAAGAAGUUGUUGAUGUUAAGAAACCAAGUAAUAAGAAAGUUGCUGUCGUAGUAGGAGGUGUUGGUGCAGCCCUGGUUGUGGUUGUCAUUGUGGUGAUUGUGUACACCUGCUUGAUGCGCGCUAAAAGAUUCACGAGACGAACAUCUGAGACAGGAUCCUCCCUAGCAUCUCCUCCAGUUGAAUAUGAACCGGGAAAUGCAUCCCCGUAUGGUGGUCUUCUCUAUCCGUAUGAUAUGCAGAAUUUGAGGCAGCUAACGUUUCUGGAACUGGAGCAAGCCACAUGCAAUUUCAGUCAAAGCAACAUCAUAGGUGAAGGUAGAUUUGGUUUAGUUUAUAAGGGACUGCUUCAAGAUGGAUCAAUUGUGGCUGUCAAGAGAUGCCUACAUAUCCACACUCAUCAUUUUGUUCAUGAGGCAAACCGCAUAGCUCGUGUGCACCACAUCCAUCUUGUCAAGCUUAUUGGUUAUUAUGAAGAUAAUCAUCAACAAUUACUUGUCUAUGACUAUAUCCCGAAUGGAAAUGUUGGAAGUCACCUCUAUGACAGCGAAGGCUUACCUAUUGGAAAGCUAGACAUGUGGCGAAGGCUAUCUAUUGCUUUGGGUGUAGCGAAAGGGCUUGAACACCUUCACAGUUCGGUGCCUCCUCUCUUGCACAUGCACUUUAGAACUAGUAAUGUUCUUGUAGAUGAAAAUUUUAUGGCCAAGGUUUCUGAUUAUGGACUUUAUAAACUGUUGAUCGAUGGUGAUCUGGCUGAAUCAUCUUCAAUGAUAGACUGCUUUCUUGACCCAGAGUUAAGUUCAUCGAAGAAUUUUUCAGAGAGAAGCGAUGUGUACAGCUUUGGUGUCUUCUUACUGGAACUAAUUAGUGGGCAUGAAGCACAUAGCAGAAGCCAGUCAAAAAAAAAGGAAAAUAUAGUAUUGCAGGCAAGAAGCAACAAUUUUGACAAGUUUGUCGAUAAAACACUAGGAGACCAAACAAUGGAUGUUGCCAAUCAGAUGCUAGAAUUGGCAUUACAGUGUCUUGAUACUUCAAUUAGAAGACCAUCAAUGAAGAGAGUUGUCGAAGAGCUGGAAAAGAUUCAAGCAAGCAAAUAUGGUCACUUGCAUUCUGGGUCGUUUGAGAUAGGUGUUGUGAAGCUUGGUAGUGAGCUUUUCAAAUGAUUUCUUUCUGCCUCAUGGCCUUGUAAUUAUUCUUUAAUUGUGUUGAUUUGUUGCAAUCAUGAGAGUCACAAAAGGAAAUCCCAUUGUCAAAACGUUCUUGAAGGUAAAUAAAUCAAUCCGUUUGGUGGAAGAGAUCAUCAAAUGGGGUUGUGUAUGUCAUAAAGUAUAGUUUCCUUUGUAAAUAUUAUUGUUGGUAUGUUUGCUUCAUGGAUAUGUUUAAAACCUGCUUUCUGAAAGCUGCAAACAUGCAUAUCAAUCAAUUUUAUGCUUUCCUAA